AUGUCUACCAACAUCACCUGGCACGCUGGUCUUACCCGCAAGGAGCGUAGCGAGCUCCGCAAGCAGCAGGGUGCUACCAUCUGGUUCACCGGUCUCUCUGCCUCGGGCAAGUCGACCAUUGCCACUGCUCUCGAGCAGCACCUUCUCCAGCAGGGACUUGCUGCCUACCGUCUUGACGGUGACAACGUCCGCUUCGGUCUCAACAAGGACCUUGGCUUCGACGAGAAGAGCCGCAACGAGAACAUCCGCCGUAUUGCAGAGCUCUUCGCCGACUCAUCCUGCCUCGCCCUGACUUCCUUCAUCUCCCCCUACAAGGCCGAUCGCCAGACUGCCCGUGAACUCCACGAGCAAGCCAACAACACCGACACCCCUCUCCCCUUCAUCGAGGUCUACGUUGACAUUUCCGUCGAGGAGGCCGAGAAGCGUGACCCCAAGGGUCUCUACAAGAAGGCUCGCGCCGGCGUCAUCAAGGACUUCACUGGCAUCAGCGCUCCCUACGAGGCCCCCGAGAAGCCCGAGAUCCACAUUGACUCGGCAAACACCAGCGUCGAGGAGGCUGUCGUCAUCAUCACCAAGUACCUCGAGGAGAGAGGUCUUCUUAAGCAGGGUUAA